GAAAUUUGACAACACGUGCAUAAAUGAAAUUCAAAAUAUUUGUGUUUAGGCAUUUGAUCUUUCAAGUGAUUUACAAACAAAUUAAACUUUUCUAAAUAUUGUAAAAUUUAUUAAAAAAGAUUCCUAAAAAAUAAUGUCAAAUUUUAAAAGUUUGAAUACUAAAAAAUAUUUAAAGACCGGGAAGAUCGUAACACGAGAUACUGUGUACUGGAAACAAUUGAGUGUCCCAACGCUGGUAAAAGAGUUUGGAGCAAUCGACUAUGUCGACUUUAAUCCCAUAGAACCACAUUAUUUUGCUGUUACAUGCUCCGUACGCGUUCAAAUUUACAAUCCCAUUACAAAAUUAGUGGUAAAAAACUUAUCACGAUUUCAAGAAACAGCCUACGGUGGUACAUUUCGGCAAGAUGGUCGAUUGCUAGUAGCUGGGGAUGAACAAGGUUUCGUCAAACUUUUUGACCCAUCCAGCAAAAAUGUACUACGUCUGUUCAAGGGACACAAGGGGCCUGUACAUCGUGCACAAUUUACACAGGAUUUACUACGAAUAGCUAGUUUUUCAGAUGAUCGUAGCGUGAAGUUAUGGGAUAUUGCCACUGAAAAAGCGGCGCUGUCAUUUGAAGAACAUGAAGAUUACAUACGUGCUGGGGCUAUAAAUCCCAUGUCACCAGAUACGAUAUUAUCGGGUGGUUAUGACGGUAAAAUAAAAAUGUACGAUACGCGUACUCAGCAGGUUUCAUAUAGUAUUGACCAUGGCAGUCCCGUUGAAUCAUUGCUCUUCCUGCCUACAGGUGGAAUUUUUAUCAGCGCCGGUGGUACAGAAAUGCGUGUUUGGGAUGCUUUUGCAGGCUGUCGCCUCCUAACAAAAAUAUCUCAACAUCACAAAACAAUUACUUCAUUGCGACUUGGUUCCAAUGGCAAGCGACUACUAUCUGGUAGUUUAGAUCGUCAUGUAAAGAUUUACGAUGUUGCAACGUAUCAAACAGUACAUACAUUGGAUUUCCCUAAUGCAGUUCUGAGUCUUGGUGUCGCCCCAGGUGAUCAAACUGUUGUGGCGGGCAUGGUUGACGGUCUGAUCUCGAUACAAAACAUGGAAAUAGAUCGCAAUAAGAAAGAGAAGCCAAUAGGGGAACACAGAAACCAACGGCAUACGACUUCAGUUGAAGUAGAUCACAAAAUACGAGUUAACACUGCGCCGAAACUAGCUAAAUAUGAUAAUUUGCUACGUAAAUAUGAAUAUGUAAAAUGUUUGGAUAUUGUAAUGACACCCCACUUCAUACGUAGCAGUCCUGAAGUGACAAUUACUGUAAUGCAGGAGCUUAUACAUCGUAAAGGCUUACAUCGCUCACUGUCUGGACGCAGUCAUGAAUUUCUUUCACGAUUAAUAUCGUUUAUAUGUCGUUUUAUUGGUGAACACCGAUUCACGCGUGUAAUGAUUGAUGUUGCAACGACUUUAUUGGACGUAUAUGCAGCAACAUUUCAUGAAUUUACGGGCGAGUUGGGAAAGGAUUUUAUAAGAUUGGCCGGUGUGCUGCGACGUGAAGUCAAGCUGACGUACGAUUUACUAGCACUACAAGGUUGUUUAGAAUUACUAGAAACAGUCGCGGCGGGAGCGGAAGACAAAGAUGAGUUGAUACGAUUUGUGAAGGAUGAUACGGAUCAACUAAAACAAUCUGCUCAGGCUAAAGAAUCUUCGAUUUUAACAGUAUAACAUACGAAGGCAAGGAUGGUAGAGUUUUUCUACUAAUAUAUAAAAUAAUAACUCGGUUACUACGAGAUAUAAAUUUAUUUAAAAAAAUUUGUAGUUGUAAAU